AUGGCCGGCCGCAUGAAGGAACCAUCUUGGUUGGUGGCAAUCUACGUCACAGGAAUGCUUCUGGCUGGUACGGUGAACAUCCUGGCCACAAAGGUGCAAUUUGGGUUAACAAGUGUGGGCCUUGAUGGCAGCCGGGAGGUCUUCCGGAAGCCCUGGUUCGGAACCUCUAACAUGCUCGUGGGGAUGUCACUGGUCAUGGGGGUGGAGCGCAUAGUCUCACGGCGAGCCCUUACUUGUCCUUCUCUCCGGCACCUUGAGAACCUGGAGAAUCCCUUGCUCCUGAAACCAGAACCCGCGGCAAGCCGACGGAAAAAGAUUUUGCUGGUGGCUGUCCCAGCCAUUGGUGAAGUGUUGGCUACGGGCUUGGGAUGCAUCGGUAUGUUGGAGAUGCCAGCCAGUGUUUGGCAAAUGGUGAAAGGUGUGAUCCUGUUUUUCACCGGGAUCUUGUCGGUACUGGUAUUGAAGCGCAAGCUGUAUCUUUUCCACUGGAUCGGUCUUCUGCUGUGCAUCACAGGCGUUGCAGCAGUUGGGUACGCCAGUGUGGAGAACGAGCUUAGCAGCAAAGUAGCCACUCAGUACGAGUCCUCUGUUGCAUUCGGAGUUGCGCUGACAUUAUUGGGGCAGUUGUUUCAAGCUGCCCAGGUGGUCUCAGAGGAAUAUUUGUUGAAAGAUAUUGACCUCACCGCAGUAGAAAUCAUCGGUUAUGAAGGCUUGUGGGGUGUGCUUAUGAUGGCAGUGGUGGUUUUUCCAGUGCUAUGGCUGCUUCCGGGACGAGAUCAUGGGCAUGCUGAAGACAUGGUGGACACGUUUGUUCUGCUUGCAAACAGCCGUGCAUUGCUUUAUGUGCUCGCAAUCCAGCUUGUUGCCUGUGGAACUUUAAACAUUGCAGGAAUUGCCGUGACGGGGGCUUUCUCGGCAGUUCAUAGGAUGAUGCUGGAUGCCUCCCGUGCUAUACUUGUCUGGUGUUUCGGUCUCGUCGUCCACUAUAAUGUUGACGCAGACUCACCUUUUGGCGAGAAGUGGACAUCUUCCAGCAAACUGCAACUAGGUGGUUUCAUCAUGUUGCUCACCGGUCAAGCUGUGUAUAGUGAAGUCAUAUGCCUUCCUGGAUGGAGUAGUUGGUCAAAUCCGAGUGCCACUGUCUCUGCCGCUGCUGACCAUGUUAUGCCAGGUUUGCUGCACCAGUGCAGCCAGAGCGAUGCAAAGAGACACAGCAGUUUGCAUAGGGAAAGCAAGCCACAGCAGAUUUCCAUUAUCACUGUCUAG